UUUGGCGGCGGAUUCAAACGUUCGGCCUGGGGUAUCGGGCCUGAAGGAGUGUCCCAGUGGCUGGGUGCUUCCUGCUGUCCGUUCGGGUGUGAAUUUCAGUGCGGUGCCAGGAGGAUCUUGGUAGCGAAGGCGGCUGGUGCCUGAGGGAGAGAAUGGCGCCCUCGACCACAGUCUCCCAGAGAAAGAAGAUAAAACGGAAGGCUCCCCGGGGCUUUAUUAAGCGCGUCUUCAAGCGACAGAAGCCUCACCUUCGUCUAGAGACAAGUGGCGACUUACUGGUGCACCUGAAUUGUUUACUGUUUGUUCAGCGUUUAGCAGAAGAGUCCAGGAUGAAUGCUUUUGAGAAUAAGUGUGGAGUCAUUAAAAAGGAGCAUGUACAGGCUGCAGCAAAGGUAAUUCUAAAGAAGAGCAGAGGUUAGAAGUCAAAGAACCAUUUUUGAAAAUUAUAUGAUGUAUUAUUUUAGGUGGUAACAGAUCCUGAAAGCACUUUUUACAUAUCAGCUAAAUUGUAUAUUAAAAUAUUGGCUAGUUGUGGACUGUG